GGUCAGGGGCUGGGAAGUCUUGUUGUAUGACACAGAGGGAAAGUGACGCUUCCUGUUCACUGUGUUUUGUAUAGUCUGUGCUGUCUGAGGGUUGUAACUGGAAAUUAUGGCCAGGAGGAGGGACUACUCGUAUAUAAGUCCGUGUAUUAAAUGGACUUUGUUCUUCUUUAACUUCAUAUUCUGGUUAUUUGGAAUGCUUAUCAUAGCUAUUGGUCUCUAUGGCGUAGUGUUCACUGCUCAAGAUUUGCAUGGACUUAAGUCAGUGCAAGUUGCAUACAUUGUCAUAACUGAUCUCUCUGGAGUGAUGGUGGCACUUGGCAGUAUUAUCUUCAUAGUGUCGUUUGCUGGCUGUGUUGGAGCUCUCCGAGAAAAUCUCUGUUUAUUGAAACUUUACUUCUGGUGCCUGACCAUCUUCCUCAUUGCUGAACUGUUGUUUGCCAUUGCCUGCAUUAUUUUCCCAUGGAAGUCUCGGGAAAUUAUUGAAAGUGUCUUGUCCAAGCGCCUAAUAAAAGACUACAGAGAAAGUCAAAACACACAGAAUUUUGUGGAUUUUCUUCAAAAAGAGUUUCAGUGCUGUGGCAUCACAGCAGAUGGCUACCUAGAUUGGAAUUCCAAUGAAUAUUUUAACUGUUCAGAGAGCAGCCCAAGUGCUGAGAAGUGUGGUGUUCCUCCCUCCUGCUGCAUCAAAAAUAAGAACAUGACUCAUAUGGACAUCAUGUGUGGGUAUGGCAUGCAGUCCAAAAAGCCUCAUGAAGCGUCAGAAAUAAUCCACACGGGAAGUUGUGUGACAUCCAUAAUUCAGUUCCUGGAGUCUAACCUCUACUGGGCAGCAGGAGUCAUAUUUGGUAUUACAUUGUUUCAGAUGUACGUGACUCACCAAGCUCGAUCCUUGAUGGACCAAAUCUCCUUGCAGCGCUCUAGAUGGUAUUAACAGUGUUAAGCUAAGGAAUUUGCUUUAAUUCUGCUAGCUUGUAGAGUACAAACUGUCCCAUAAUAGCUGUAGUAUCACUGCCUGCUCUUACAGUUGACACGUUUGUCUUGCAGUUGAUGUGGCCCAAAUAUUCUUACGUAUCGGUGAUAAACAUUGUGGAAGCUUGUCAUAGCACAAAAUAAUAAAUAGCUUUUUUGUAUACCAAAUAUAACUGAAUGGAAAAUAAUUUAUUACAUAGUAAAUACUGCUGGGAAUGUAUGUACAGUAUAACUAAACCAUUAUAUGGAAGAUAACUUUGGUUAACCUUCCAGUCACUAUAGAGUAUAUAUAACUUCUCUCCACUUGAUAGUUUAGCAACACAAUACUUCAUAAAUCCCAUUGUUAAGGACAGGAAGCAUGCAUUCAGGCUUGUAUCAAUUUCCCCACUAGGUUGAUCCACUGAUUUUUCCCAGGACACAACCCACAAUAGUUGCCUAACUCCCAGGUAUCUAUUUACUACUAGAUGAACAAAGGCAUCAGGUGAAAGGAAAUGUGCCCAACCAUUUCUGUCCCAGUUGUGGGUCAAACCCUGGAUCCCUGAUUGUGAUUCAAGAAUAUAGACCACUGUACUUCAGGACAUACAGAUUUCAAGUUGGGUAUUUUUCUAUUGAUUUUAUUUUUUUCAUAGGCACACAAAUACCCCUUGAGACUUGAGUAAUUUUUUUUUUACAUGAAUAGUUAUUUGGGGCAUGUCUAUAUGUAAGAUAUGUCUAAUAUGGCUCCUUACUAUGCAUCUUUGUAAUAAUUGUACUGUUUAGUAAAAGUUUUGUAUCUGAUCAUGGGUGCAAAACCUGUUUAUAUUGUUGUCCAGUGUGGUAUUUGUAGAAGACUUACUUCCUCUGACUUCAAGUUUGUAGUAGAUCUGAUAAAUUUUAAUUUUUUUGUAUUAAUGAAGAUUCAGAGAGAUGAAAUACAUAAAUGCACAUUUUGUCGUGAAGUACCUUUUUUCCUUAUAGCUUUAACAGAUUCAUUAAAUGUAGUAAGCUACAUUUUCAUAUAAUAACUGGUCAAAGGAAGUACCAAAAUUGCUAUGUUUGGUUGGAAUCAUGAUUUAUGCCACUGUACACACACACAGCCAAAACUAUUUUUAAUUAUGUAGUUUGAAGCUUUUUUGGUUCUUUGAUCAAAUGAUGUGGCCAUGCAUAACAUAACAUGCCUUGAUUAUGCAUAUAUAUAUAUAUAUAUAUAUAUAUAUAUAUAUAUAUAUAUAUAUAUAUAUAAUAAAAUUUAUUUUGUCUUGGUGUAAAUUAUCAAUUAGAUGUGAUAUGCAUUAAUAUUUGUUCUGAAGUGGUGUGCAUAUGUAAUCACAUCUCUCAGUUUGUGCUGCAGAUCUGUUUUCCUAUUUCAGGCAUUAGUGAAUUUUAUAUUUUAAAAAAUGUUAUUUAAAUGUAGAGUCCAGAUAUUUGUAUAAUAUAAUGUGCUAUAUGGUGAUAAGGAGCAUAAGUCAUUAGAUACUUUCAAAUCAUUUAUUUUUGUAAUAAAAGUAGUUUAUAUUUUCCAAAGAUAUGAUUGAAUAUAUUGUAUAAAUACAAUUAGUACUAAAAUACACAAAUACUUAUUAAAUAUUUGGAUACUGUAUUAAAUAAGUUGUUCAGCUCUUUACUCUAAUGUUGAUGGUAAAUGAAAAAAUAAAUGAAUUUGAAGGAACCAAGUAAUAAAAUCAUAGCAUUUAGAAGUACAUAGAUGGUUAAUGGCACAUACUAUAUUUAGCUCUAAAGAAUUUAUACAGAUUUGUAUGAAAAUUUAUAUUUUUAUACAUAAGUAUUCAUCUUUUAACUUGUACAUUUUCAGAUAAUGUGAUUUAUAAAGUAUCACAUACUUUAAUGAAAUCUAUGUCAGCUGUGUGUUGUGUGUUCUUACCAAGUGUAGUUGUGUCGGGGUGGAGGAAGAUCAAGCUAUAGCCUAGCCUCGGUUAAUGUACCUGGUGCAUUCAUACCUCCUGAUGUUUGGCUACUCUCUCAUAUUUGUUCUUGAAGCUGUGAAUGACUUGCCUCCAUCAUUUCUGCUUAAAGUUCAUUCCACUUGAUUAUUGGCCUUGAUGAAGAUGAGUAUUUCUUAUGUCUCUGGCUCAUUUGUUUCAAAAUUGUUUCAAAAUUCCACCUGUGCCCCCCCCCCUCACUCUGUUGUCUUUCACUUGGAGGUAAAACUUUCUGCUGUGUUUAUUACCCUUGGUAUCUCAUCCAUUGUGAUCUUAUUACCGUUUUUGUAAUUUCCUUCUUUAAUAUCCUUAGAUCGAACCCUUAUAUUUCUCAGUUUUGUAUAUGCUGCUUAUGUUAUUCUGUGUGUGUGUGUGUCUAGUGUUAAGGUUGGUUUUCUGUCCAAUCCCAGGUGGUGCUCCAUUUUUUAUUUCUUGCAACUGCCACACCUAUAUACUGUAUGGUCAUCCUUGCCUCUUCUCCCAUGCUUCACUACAUUUGUUGGGAUCAAAAACUAUUUGUCCAUCCAUACAUGCAGCCUGUCUAGCAGUAUCAUACAGUCUUCAGAAUGUUUACCCUUUUAAUCAGUUUUGCAUACUAUUUAUUAGUUUUGCAUCAUCAGCAAACAUUAUCAUGUAAGAUUCUACCUCCUCCUGGAGGUCAUUUACAUUCAUUAAGAAUAGUAAUGGUGGGAGUAUCAAACUGUAGUACUUUGUUGGCCAUUUUCUUCCUGCCUGACAGUUUCAUUAAAGCCCUGUUUCUUGUUUUUGGAUGAUAUAUCUAACCCAGUCCAAUUUUUCCAAUUUACUCCAGCCUUCUUUUCAAGUUUGGGAAUCGGGCUUUUAUGUGGCAUAGUGCCAAAGGAUUUUUUGUGGGCAAUGUUGGCUGUAUUCUACUCAUCCUUUUUUCUGUCGUGUCUCAGGAUGUCAUAAAAUUCACUAGUGUGUGUGUGUGUGUGUGUGUGUGUGUGUGUGUGUGUGUGUGUGUGUGUGUGUGUGUGUGUGUGUGUGUGUGUGUGUGUGUGUGUGCGCGCGCGUGUUUAAGUGAUGUACGAGUACAGUGAGAGUUGGAGAGGAUUUAUUAUAUAUAUAUCUCCAGGUGUGAUCAUUACAGGAUUUAUCUCAGGUUGACUUCAAGUAAAGUAACCGAUUCUCCUUCAAAAUGUCGGGUUAUUUGACUUUAAGGUUUCCUGUAAGUAAUUGAUGUUUGGCUGUACAGUAUAUCCUUAUAUAAUGGAACAUUUAAUUUAUUAAGGCAGUAAUUAUCCAAGAGUUGUAUCUGAAUCUCUCUGAACAUUCAAAUACUAUAUUUAGUAUUACAUACCUAUAUGACUGAAACACAUUGCUGAAUAGAAAAUGGUAAGUAUUAAUACUUUAUGCACCUUUAAGUUUUGUAAGGUUUAUAAAAGGGGUUCUUGUAGGCUACACCAGUCCCUCUCAUACGUUUUGUCAUGCCUUCAGCCUACCAGGAACGGAUACUAAAUUCCUCUCUCCCCUCCCCAUCCUCAAAGAGGCAGGAAAGCUAAGGAAGUCAUAACACUCCACACACUAAUGGCUGAAAAGAGGUCACAAAAAUACCUAGCAAAAACUUGACUGUCCCCCUCAAAAAUAAAGUAUCAUCUUGUCACUUUAUACUGGGGCCUGAAAUAGCCCCGAGAAACCACAGCAAAGCAGAGAAAAUGGCAGGAAAAUGAGUCACUGAGGGGGCCCCAGAAAAGAAACUUUGUCGUAUAGUCAUUAUACAUGGAUCUUGUGCUCUGUGGUGCCUCUAAUGAGAAAUCCACUGCACAUCAAAUGACAGAGAAAAGUGAAAUUAGAAACAUGUUCUGUAUAAUUAAAACAAAAGGGGAAUUUGCCUGUGAAUGUCAACACCCUGGGUGGUGGACCAACUGAGAUGUAGAGGAAGACUUGGAUGCAUUAUCCUCCCCAAAGCCAAAUACAGUAGUUGCACAGAGGACGAGGUGUAGCAAGAAGAUGUUUCUGGCUGACAUUAAAAAAAUGAUGGCUGGUGAAGUAGUUAAAUGAUUCCACCAGUACAGCAAACACAUGGAGGUCAAGAAGCUGAUAAAAGAAAGCCAUUGAAAAAAUCAUAGAAAAUGAGUGAAGGAACAGGGAAGCAGAAACCAAGGGUGAAAUGGAGGAGCUAUUUUACAAGAAGCUUGAGUCACAUUCAGAAGCCAUGAUCAGCAGCCACCAAACAAGUCACAAAGACCAAAGAUCUUCAUUGAAAACGAGCAGAGCCAUUCAUAGAAAAAACAAAAGAUGGCAGCUUCCAAAAAUGAACUUAAGCCACUUGAGGAACAGCAUUGUUGGCCACUAAACACAAUGCCAAGAUAUACAAAGCAAAAGUCAGCAAAAAAACAAAAUAAAAAAAAUACUCCUCAAAGCACACCCCCUCUUAGUGGAUGGUGCCUUGAUGUGAUUAGGGUGGGUUGUUGAGUGCCACCCUUUGGUAGGAGGAGGUGGCUCCUGCUCCUCUCUCCUGCCUGCAGUAGCAGUGCACGAGUGAAAUACACCCCCGUAUGUUAGCUGUGCAUAGAGACCUAUGCAUUCAUCUGGCAAUUGGGCCUACCCAACAGCUGCCACCUCUGGGGGUUGGGCAAUUCUCUAAAAUGGUAUGGGGACGGGGGUGAAAUGGGAGGUUCGGUGAGGCCUACCCGAACUAAUUGGCUUGUUUAGUUAGCCCAUCUAGUUAGACAUCGGGUCAAGUGGGCAUUGUGAGGUUGGUGUUUCUAUUGGUCCCCGAGGAUACCAUUCAGUCCUUAAAGAGUGAUCCUCAUACUGUAUACUGUUAGUUACCUCAGAGGUUGCUUACCUAUGUUGAACACCAUAGUGGGUAGGGAUUCUGGGCAGUGAAGCCUUUCUCUGCUAUUUGUAUGUUUUAUUUUGACCAUAUUUCCCCUUCUCAGACUCAAGAUGGGUGACCAGUCCCCCCAAGUUAGAAUGUCUUGAAAGAUCAGGCUCCAUAGCUCUGGCUACGGUGGACCCAGGCUUUUUUUUAUCACUCCUUCAGAUCAUCUCCCUUCUGCAGACUUUUCCAUUGGCAAGGUCAAUCCCAAGGUUAAAAGUUCCUGGUGGUGUCUGCCACAUCUCCCAAGUCACUCAAACCUUGAUGGUUACAAUGGCACAUUUUGCUCUCUCCUUCCAGGUCUGAGGCAACAUACAUUCCGCUAGCUCUGCAUGUUUCCUGCAGCAACUACAUUUCAGGACCUGUUUGACCCUUGCUACAUGGCCCAAAUACUUUGAUAUCUCAUGAUGACCAUAUCUGCUCUGAUGACUUGUGCACACACAAGUUUGUGUUCAAAAUACUCCCACUCAGACUAGUACCCACAUUGUCGAGGCCGCCUCUGAGUAGCUGGCUGAUCUUGCAUUGGUGAGGCCUCAGUUAGGGUCUCGAAGAAUAUCUUAUCGAAUACCAAUGUUGGCACAGUCUUUCUUCCACCUCAUGUUGGGACGGGACUGAAAACUCAAGGACUGCCAUGAUGAUAUCAAGAAUAUCCUCGAGUCUCAGGGUUGUCCUAUACUCAAGGUUGAUACAUUCACUCGGCACCCUCACAGUCAUCAUCAUCAUUCCCUUAAGGUCAUCAAAGUUAACCCUUUGAUAAUUGAACCCUUCUGUCCUCAGUUGUUUUUGCUGGUGCCAGGUGCUCCAUUCAGGAAUACAUCCGUUCUCCACGCCUCUGCAAUAGGUGUUGAAAAUUCGGGCAUGGAGCCUCUUUUGUCGAUUGUCCCAAUUUUGAGGAUGUUUGACUGUUGCUCCUAAUGUCCCCAAGGAGUCAUUUCUCAUUAAAAUCCUUACUGAAUCCACUAGCUUUGAUAUCAUUUGCCAUGCAUUCUUUUGUUCUUGUAUUGUCAUCUUGAGUGAUACUUAGUACCUUUUGAAUACUGUAUCUUUCAGCAGAGAUAGUGCUUCACAGUCUUCCUGGCAUUGUACCUUCUUUGAUAAUGACAUUCCUCAAAGCACAGAAUUAUAAUUACACACUAACCCUGUUGUCAUGUGCAGUAGUCAAGCAGAGGAGCAGACAAAUUAGCCAGCAAACACCCAGUUCCUAAUCAAUGACUACUGCCGUGGGUCACCACCAUAACAACAAUAUUAGAACAAGCCCCUUCCCACCAUGAUCAUCCCAGGUAAUGUUGCAUGACACACAAAUUAGCUUUUAAACUAGUGGAGUAAGUUAACCCAGAACAAUGCACAGGACUAGAAAUCUCCCUGACCCUCCCCACUGAGUUCAUAACCAAAUGCUUGUGCAAACAUUACAGACUGCAAACCCACGUCAGCAAAUAUGCAUGACAUUAGAUGCCACUCACUAAGCACAACGUAACCAGAAGCUCGCACCUGUUGAGUAGAGCCUCUAGCACAAUACUAUACUAUUUCUGUCACCCUUCUAUUCCAAAAGGGUGGAAACCAAAUCCCAUAGUGCCAUCUGAGAUAUGGAAAAACUCGUGAAUAGUCCAUCUUGGGGAGGAACUGUGUCAAAUGAUUUUUGCUAAAAAGCAUGCCAGGGAAGGUAAUCCUGAAACCACAGCUGAAGCAGGCUUUAAAAACAUGAUACACAAGACUAGCAUAUACAGUAUGCUCAUAAACUGCAUUAACAGACAUGAAGCCCUACAAUAAACCAAAAACAUGUAGAAAAUCCAGUCACUUAGCUGCAAAAUGCAGGUCUUAUGAGCCAAUGUAUGUUGGAAAGGACACCAAGUAAGAGUGACAGUUGUGGGCACAGAGGACCACUAGCACAGACCAUCUAGUGGAGAGAAGUUGAAACAUUAAGGUGAUAUUUGGUCUUACAGGUACUUUGUUUGGCCCAAACAUUUCUCAGUCCAUAUUGAGUUUGUGAGUCCUUUGUAGUCAUUUAGGCUGGGUUUCCUCAGUGUGUAGUCUAAUGACUCUGCUCUACUGCUUCUUUGAGGGGGGGGGGGCAGGAUUCUAAUACCAGUUCUUUGUAGGAUAUGAGAUGGUCCCAGAUACAGGGUGUUGAAAAUGACCCAGGGGGUACUAGUACAUAAAGCUCUGGGGAGCCACUGAGUGGGCCACCCCAGAAAAGUGAGAGUACGUAUGUUAUUAAAAUAAAAAUUCUUAGCUUGGAAAGUGUGAAGGCUAAUGCUCGGAAAAAAUUUGUUUCAUAUGAAAAAGAUUUACAUGUUCCGAGUAAAUACUUAGAAGUAUUUAAAUACAAAAGUGCAAGCCCCUUCUCCAUCUAUGUUUAAUUAGAAGUUAUAGUACACUAUUAAAAUGUGUAGUCAAAAAUUAGGAGACAAUAUGUAGUGCUGUAAUUAUUUAUUUUAUGCAUACAGUACUUUUAUACCUGCAGUGUCUUUAAAUGCAGUGCAGUUCUGUAUUUUGAUACAGUAUUUAUUUGUCUGUAUUUUCAUGUCGUCAAGGCUGUCUAUGAGGUACAGUAUAUGUAAGCUUUACAAGGUACAGUAUUGCAUUGGGCUCAAGUGUACUAAAAGAAUACAUUAUUUUUCUAGUUUUAUUUAUCUUUUAUCUAGAGGAGCAUGUUUGAUUAUAAUGCAGCAUCAAAUUCAAUUCAUUAAUAUGAUUGUGGUUGGUCUGUAAAAAUACUAAAUAAAUUCAGCCAUUUAUUUGUUAAACAUGAGGUGCUUUUGUAGUAACUCGAGUUAGUGUUGUUACAUGAUUGUAUGCCUAGAAGUCGUAAUUGGGUAGACAUUAUAUGUGAUAUCAUUUUAUUUUCAUUAUACUUUACCUAGAAACAUGAUUAUUGUAAUUGUAUCUAACUUGUCUGUUAUUUAGGUUAUACCUGUACCUAAAUUUACUUGAUGUAUUAAAAUUAUUCAGUCCAUCCUCCUAAAAUGAAAGUGCUUCUAGUAAAUGACUCUUUGGUUGACAGUACAAUGUGUAGUGAUGGACCACCAAAAAGUUGACUUUUGUAUUAUUGAAUUUGGUCAAAUGGGGAUAUUUUUUUUUUUUUUAACUCUAACAUAAAUAUAGGACCUAACCUCUAGUAAUCCUAUGCUUAGAAUGCUAUCUUAGGCCUAAUGUAGUUCAUAUAUGUGCUAUUCUAGGCCUAGAAAUGUUUUAAGUUUGAUUUUUUAGCUAUAUUUUCUGUAUUAAAUCAAAAGUACAAAAAGUGAAAUUAUUCAUAGUCCAAUAUUCCAUACUGGUACUUUGAACCAAUUAGUUACUAUAAGUACUGUAUUAUCAUUUCCAGAAGAUGGGUAGAAAUUAUUGUUCUUAGGGAAUUCUGGUUUAUGAGUUUAUAAUUUGCCUUUUUAUUAUUUCCAUGCUUGAGAAUGCAUUGAACUUAACUAUUUAGAUGCCAGAAGAUGCUAAAAUGUCAAACAUUAAGGGAGGAAGUUCUAAUCCUUCGGGAGUCAUCUUUGUGUAUCUUUCAGCUCUCGUAUCUUUGUGCACAUUUUUGUUUUAAACUUAAGAUACAGCAUCAGAGGUUUAGUCAUGAAACUGAAUCAUGGUGCAGUAUUAUAGGUCCCAUUAUAAUGUGAUCUGGACUGGCAGCAAAGGCUUCUAGUAAAAUGAGAAGGCAUGCUAAUAAGUAAAAUUUAAAUCAUUUGAAUGUUUUCCUGGUCUAUGACAAAAAUAUAUAUAUAUAUUUUUUUUAAGAUUGAUUUGCCUUUUUAAUUAUAAAAAGCAUAAAUGUAUUACCUUGACCAAUAUGUUGGAUACUAUUUUGUGUGGUAUUAAUGCUGCCAUGGGUCUCCAAAAAGAUGGCCUGACAAUUCUUGGAUUAAAAAAAAAAUAAUUGCCACUGAAAAUUUUGAAUAUUAUAUCUAAAAAUUUGUUUGCUAUUUUAUCCCAAUUUAUUAGGUUAUUUUAAUAUUACCUGUAAGUAUUUCAGUGCUGCUAUAUAAGACAUGAAAAUUUAUUUAGUAGUGAAAUAGAUCAUGAUAUAGAUCACGUGAUGAUAAUGUUUCAGAUGCACGGAGAAUAAUGAAAGUUUGGAAUGUGCUAGAAAGUAAUAUUUACAUAAUUAGAUGGGGGGAUUUUCUCUCUCUUGGCUAUCCACUCGAAAGUUCUCACAAGAAUCAAUUUUUUGGUGCAUCAUCAUUUAAUGGAUAUAGCCCUAUUCCCCUUCCAUUGUAAUCUUUUCAGACCUGAAAAAGAAAUACAAAGAUAUCGUCUUUGAAGUCGGAACUCUUAACUACAACAGCUGUAAUACAAAUUAUAAAUUUCUGUACUUCAUGUUCUGUAAUUUCAAUACAGGUGUGUAAAUUAAAGGAAAUUCAGUUGCUAUGAUGCCUCAACUUAUGCCAGAAAGUUUUUAUUUUCUGAAAGUAAAUGGAAAUGUAUUUUUGUAGAAUUAUAAUUUGCAAGAUUUGGGGUUAUUGUAGCAGUACUGUAAUUAGUUUUAUACAUUAUGACUAGUACUCUACAGUAUUAUAACCACAUUUAAUACAAUUUAUUACCCCCACACCAUAUAAUUAGAAGGGAAAUGUUAGUGGGUAAGUACGUAAAUAGGUAAGACUUUGCUGCUACUUAGAUGGCGUAACUAUAAAGCCACUGCAGUAGUGGGCAAUAUAUAUUUUUUAAAGUUACCAUGAAGGAAAUACUGUACUGUAUACAGUACAUUCAGUUUGUGUGCUUGUUGCACAUUUUUGUAAUUCCAUGAUAUAGUUUGAACAAAAUGUUGAAAACAAAUAUUUAGUGCACUUAAUUGUCACAUUAUAUGAAUUAAUAAAUAUAUUGUAAUU